CCUGAGCACUCACAGCCAAGCCCGGGCUUGGCCUCAGCGGACUUAUGAGAAAAGAUGACUGCCAGAGCCACACACGGGAGGAGGCCUGCUGUUGCCAGGUCCGCCCCUGAGGAUCACAAUGACCACGUGAGGUCAUGGAAUGUUGAAGAUGAAAUGAAAGUAGCUCCUAAGUCACAAAGUCGCAGGCGGGUGGGCAUCCUUUUGGCAGAGCUCCCAAGAAUAGGGCUGAUUCACUCUCCCUGAUGAUCCCAGGAAGUAGCUGCCUCCCCCAGACAAAACUGGGGUCUAAUCCAUGCAUGUCCAAUUCCCACCAAAGCCUCCUCUCCCUAGGGCUUGCUGAGAUGGAAGGAUAACGACAAGCCCCCCAAAGAUUUGUCCGUGUGAGGACAGGGUGGACAAAGUUUGAGACAGAGGUGAAUGGACAGGUGUGCUUCUUAGGGAAGCAGCAGAAAGGUGGCAAGAAGCUGGCAGCAACCCCCAAGAGGGUCCUGGCAACAUGGAUGAUGACGAACCUCUUGAUUCUGAGACACAAGAUAAGACUGAAGCUGAGUUAGCACGACAGAGCAGUGAGGAAGCCCUGUACUGUGAGGCCGGUGCGCCCCUGGCUGUUGAGAAAGAGAAAUUAAUCCAGGAGGACUCAGAAACGGACCUCGAGAUUGAAGAUUCUGAGAAAUUUUUCACCACUGGACAAAAGGAGCUGUACCUGGAGGCCUGCAAAGUGGUGGGUGUAGUGCCUGCCUUCUACUUUAUCCGGAACAUGGAGGAGCCCCGCAUGAAUCUCAACCACCACGGGCUGGGGCCCGAAGGCAUCAAGGCCAUAGCUAUUGCCCUGGUGUCCAACACGAGCGUUGUCACACUGGAGGUAGCAGACAAUAACAUCAUGGCCAAGGGCGUCCUGAGCCUGAUGGAGAUGCUGCGUGAGAACUACUACAUCCAGGAGAUGAAUAUUUCUGAAAAUGAUCUUGGUUUUGAGGGAGCCAGAAUCAUCUCAGCAUUUCUCCAGAGGAAUACCUCUUCCCUCACGAGCCUGCAGCUUUCAGGAAAUAACUUCAAAGAAGAGUCUGCAGAGCAGCUGUGCCAAGCACUGUCGACCAAUCACCAAAUUAAGUCGCUGGAUCUCAGUCACAACCAGCUCUCUGAUAAGGGAGGAGAGUACCUGGGACAGAUGCUGGCCCUCAACAUAGGGCUCCAGUCACUGGAUCUGAGCUGGAACCACUUCCACACACUGGGAGCUGUGGCCCUGUGCAAUGGCCUCCGGGCUAAUGUGACCCUGCAGAAACUGGCUCUGUCCAUGAACGGCUUUGGGAAUGAGGGGGCUGCGGCCCUCGGAGAGGUCCUCAGAUUCAACAACAGCUUGAGCUACCUCGAUGUCAGCAGCAACAACAUCGGCAACGAAGGCAUCUCCAGAAUCAGCAGAGGACUCGAGUCCAAUGAGUGCCUCAGAGUUCUGAAUCUUUUCCUGAACCCUAUGAAUAUAGAAGGAGCUGUUUUGCUAGUCCUGGCCAUUAAGAGGAACCCCAAAUCCAAGAUGGAAGACCUUGAUAUUUCUAAUGUGCUGGUGACCGAGCAGUUCACCAAAACCCUGGAGGGGGUAUACGCCAUCCACCCCCAGCUGGACGUGGUCUACAAGGUAGUGCAAGGCGCCCUGAUCAAGAACACCUACCUCCUGUGGACAAACCCCAUGAGACAGAUCCUGAACUACACAGAGCAGCAGCAAAUGACCGUCAUGGACUUCUUCAGGAGGCUGAACCCGACUGGGUCCAUGAAGAUGACGGUGGGCGAGUUCCGGAAAGCUAUGGUCCAGCAUAAGAAAGUCCACGUGAACCUGUUCCAAAUCAGGUACCUGAUAAAGAAGAUGAAAGACAAGACAGGCAUGGUGGACUUCAGCCUCUUGAUGUGACGACACAGCAACAAGCCCGGUCUGGAAAGAGUCUCCGCGGCAGUGAAGUCCUGCCAAGUCAGGGGAUGGCGGCGAGGAGGCGAAGUGCGGCCAGGACCUCGGUGGACCAACAUCGCGGCCACAGCUGUGAGCAGCGAAUAAAGUCUGGCUUGGGUCCGUGCUUCCGCUGCUGCUGCUGGGGACCCGUCCGCGGGAG